CAGAGAGGCUUUAUUACAACCUUUAAACAAAUCUUCUGUAAGCAGAUACCUGUGUAUUUUGAGAAGGAAUGAUCAUCUCCAGAUAUCAACAAAUGUAAACAGCGUUCUGAGCACAACCACCAGAGACUGAGACACCCAGAGAGAGAGGCGAGAUGGAAAAACCCGUCUUACAGACUCAACCGUCCACCCUGCCUUUUUUCGACACGGCUCAUGCCUUCAACCUGCUGCGUGGAAUCCAUGAGCUCCGUGCCGAACGGAAGUUUUUCGAUGUGACUUUGUGCGCCGAGGGCCGCGAGUUCCACUGUCACCGCACCGUGUUGGCCGCCGCCAGCACCUACUUCCGGGCCAUGUUCGCUGGGACGCUGAGGGAGAGUGUUAUGGACCGCGUAGUUCUGCAUGAGGUGUCAGCUGAGCUUUUAGGCCUGCUGGUAGACUUCUGCUACACAGGACGAGUCACCGUCACUCAGGAUAACGUUGACCUCCUGCUGAAGACGGCCGAUCUGUUUCAGUUCCCGUCUGUCAAAGAGGCCUGCUGCGCUUUCCUGGAGCAGCGACUGGAUGUUUCCAACUGCUUAGAGAUCCAGGACUUUGCGGAGGCCUUCGCUUGCCGAGAGCUGGCGGUUGCCUCACGACGCUUUGUCCUCAAAAACAUAAUGGAGCUGGCUAAAGGGAUGGACUUUGAGCGGUUGCCGUGGAAGCGCCUCCUUGAGUUUGUGUCAGAUGAUGAGCUUUGCGUGGACAAAGAGGAGACGGUUUAUCAAAUUGCAGUGCUAUGGGUGAAGGCCGACCUCCAGCGGAGACUGCACUACUGGCCCGAGCUCCUCCAGCAGAUCCGCCUCCCGUUCGUCAGGAGAUUCUUCCUGUUGGCUCAUGUGGAGAGCGACCCGCUGGUCUACCUGUCACCCACCUGCCUCCGCAUGGUGAACGAAGCCCGCAGCUUCCAGUCCUGUGAGUACGACCGUCACGACAGGCCAUGUCACCGCAUGCGGCCGCGGCCAUCGACGGGACUGGCAGAGAUCCUGGUGGUGGUGGGAGGCUGCGACCAGGACUGUGAUGAGCUGGUGACUGUGGACUGUUACAACCCGCAGACCGGACAAUGGCGCUACCUGGCCGAGUUCCCCGACCACCUCGGAGGAGGUUACAGCAUAGCUGCCCUCGGAAGUGACAUGUAUGUCACAGGCGGCUCUGACGGCUCUCGCCUCUACGACUGCGUGUGGCGUUACAAGUCCAGCGUGAACGAGUGGACGGAGGUGGCGCCCAUGCUGAAGCCCCGUGAGUACCACAGCUCCUGCGUGCUGAAAGGUCAGCUCUACGUGGUGGCGUCAGACACCACCGAACGCUACGACCACACGCUGGACUGCUGGGAGGUCUUGCCGCCGAUGCCGAACCCCAUGGACAACUGCUCCACCACCACGUGCGGCGGACGCAUGUACGCUAUCGGCUGUCUGACCGGGGAUGACACUAUGGCCAUACAGAGCUACGACGCAGACACCAACCGCUGGUCCAUGGUCAACUGUGGACAGAUCCCCCCGUGGUCCUUCACACCCAAAACUGUGACCCUCAACAAACUGAUCUACUUUGUGAGGGAUGAUUCAGCUGAGGUGGACGUUUAUAAUCCUCAAAAGAACGAGUGGGACAAAAUUAGUCCGAUGAACCAGGUUCAUGUUGGAGGCAGCGUGGCAGCCCUGGGUGGUAAAUUAUACGUGUCUGGCGGUUACGACAACACGUUUGAGCUGUCAGACGUGGUGGAGGCGUACGACCCGGCGACCCGCACCUGGACCGCUGCUGGACGACUACCUCAGCCCACCUUCUGGCACGGCAGCGUCAGCAUAUUUCGUCAGUUCAUGCCUCAGGUGUCCAGUGCGUUUGAACCUACUGACAUACCUGAGUCCAACGCCAUUAACCUGCACCGGCACCAGCGUCACCAGGAGCUCCACAAUCUCAACAACAAUCUGAACCAGAAUCAGAACCAGGACGUGAACCCGGCGCACUGAGUUUUGGACCCUGUCGCAUUUUCAGUCUGUUCCCUCGCGUUGUACCAUCAGUAGUUUACUGUGAAUUUACCUCAUCACAAUGCUAAAGCUGUGUAAAGCUAAAGUGAAGACUGAGCGUGUGCACACUAGUCCGAGCUCCUCCUUAUCCACUCGACUGUCAGGCCGCCACACUGAAAAAGGCUUCUCGUCUGGAGCCGUCUCUUUAGGUUAGCGGCUGCUUCUUAUCACAGGCGUGGAAGUUAAAGGUUCCCUGUGGAGACGAAAGUCAUGUUUACAUUGAAUCGUCACUCACCAAAACACAUUGUGUAUAUCCUUAAGCUCUAACAAUAGCGUCAAAUGCAUUUUCUUCCUCCAAAACAUUUGCAGAGCCUAUUUUUUGAGUAUUUUAAAUUGAUGUUUACUAGCUUGUAGUCUUCUUCUUCCCUGCCUUUGCUGGUCCAUGUCUAGUUUUGUCAUACCAGACAAUUGGAGAUGUCCGCUUUACUGAAGUCUGGGGGUUUCUAAAUGCACGGUAGUUUCUUGAACAGUGACAGGAACGGCUACUAACAAACCUACACCCCUUACAUUUUGUCAAUGCUUUAUUAAAAAUUCCCCUCUAACACACCUGAUUCUAAUAAUUAACU